CCACGCUCACUUAACGACCUCUUCUUAUGGGCCCCGUAUGUUUCGUGACCCGCAUCUACCUUCCGGCGCGUGAAGAUUCACGUUCCUGGGAGUUUUCCCACGGCUCUCUAUAUCCACCAUGCACCACCGCCGCCUGAGACUACUCCGAUCAUCUUCAUCAGCUUCUCGGUCGUUUGCAAUCGGCUGAUUGGCCUUGCAAUUCACGUCAUAUCCUUCCCCUUUCUCCGACUUGCCUUUGUUGAUUUGACUUGGAUCUGAAGGAAAAAAUGGACCCUAUGGACAUAGUUGGUAGAACGAAAGAGGAUGCUUCGCUUCCUAAAGCAACUAUGACAAAAAUCAUUAAAGAAAUGCUGCCUCCAGAUGUCCGUGUAGCUCGGGAUUGUCAAGACCUUUUGAUUGAAUGUUGCGUAGAAUUCAUAAAUCUGAUUUCUUCUGAAUCUAAUGAAGUUUGUAAUAGAGAAGAUAAGCGAACAAUUGCACCAGAACAUGUUCUCAAGGCACUAGAGGUUCUUGGCUUUGGGGAAUAUAUCAAAGAAGUUUACGCUGCAUAUGAACAACACAGGCUGGAAACCAUGCAGGACAAUGUUAGGAUGGGGAAGUUGAGCAAUGGAGGAGCUGAAAUGACUGAAGAAGAAGCAUUAGCUGCGCAGCAGAGGAUGUUUGCGGAGGCAAGGGCAAGGAUGAACACUGGCAUUACGCUUCCCACACAGUCAAAUUCUGAGCAGGAACAAAAAACCACUGACGGCUAACUUUCAUCACCAAACCACAUCCUGGUGCUUUACUCAAGCACUAUACCUUUAGCUUUAUUUUUUUUGCAUUUUUAUUUAUCCUGCACUUUGUAUAAAGGUCUGUAGCUAGGAUGAUUAGAUUGCAUUCGAUCUGCGUAAACUAGCUAUAAUAGUAUGUUCAUAUUUAUUUGUCUGUAAAUUGCUUGAUGCACUUGGUGGUGAGGAAGGUGCGGUGCAGAUUGGGGGCUUUUUUCACUCAACUUCCCGUAUGUGGUGUUUUCUUUGUAGAAUCUUAAGUCUUAACAUCACUGCAUAAUGCCAUAACGUUUGAAAUUGCAUCUCAUUUGUUUUAACAGUUCUC